AUGCCAUACGCCCCCAACCAACCGCGCGACCUCCGGCACGAGCUGCUGCAACUGGCGCUAGGGAAUAACGAAGUCGACACCUGGCUAGGCACCAACGACGCUAAGGACUACGAAGUGGACUUCAGAUUCGAACACGACGUACCACUACAGAGGUCCAUCUCGCUGGAUCGCGGCGUCGAUAUAUUCAAUUAUCUUCAGACGCUGUCUGAUACUGGGCUGUCGGAUUCCUAUUGGUCGCUGGAUUCGGAUGUGGGGCCGAGCCUGCGUUUGGAACAAUACAGGAGCUUCGAGGAUGUCCAGGCUCCUCCAGUGAGGAUGAGGAGCCGGCAUGUCUCGUUGGACAUCACGAAUUCCUUUGGAAACUUAACGCCGCUCGUGCUGAAGGGUACAUAUAAAGGCAUCGAGGAAGAAAGUGGGAUGUUGACACCUCAGAUAAGGAAGCUCCAAAAGACUUACUCCUUCAAGAACUUCGAUGAGUACAAGGAUGAAAAGAAUGAGGAAGAUAAUUCUGAUAGAGUUGAAACGGACUACAAGGGCGGUAUAGAGUUCAGGGCGCCUGUCUACAGAAGCAACAAUAGUGAGAAAGAGAAAGAAGAUGAGAAAUUUACGCGUCAGAGAAGAUUCGGCGUCACUCAGAGCCCAUGGCAGGAUAACCCGAUACAGAACUUGAGAAAAGAAGUCCUCAAAUAUAAGUUAACCCAUUUCAAGAGUUGCGAUGACCUCUAUAGCAAAGGUCGAACGAAAUCGACGGAGGCUAUCAAUGAUAUACCUUUCAAUAGUUUGAAGAGCAAUCAUAAAAUUAAAUAUAAAAGCGGCGACGCGUUAUCUGAAAUAAGGAAACUGAAAAGGAAUGUUUCUUUCCGCGUAGAUUUGAAUCAAGAGUUCAGUCUGCCUAAUGUUAUAUUAAAUAAUGACAGCGACGAUAGUGUUGCUAGUAUACAAGAUAAUUCGGAUACAUUAGUUAGUAGAACUUGUGAUUGUAGUAUCUGUGGCGAAGAUGAGGUUAAAGUCGAGAAUUCAUUGCUGAGCAAAAAUUUACGUAAGAUAUUCAUGAAGUUGGUCUCUUACAGGCAUUACGGUAAAAGAUUUUCUUGUUUCGAUGACAACGAAAGCGAAAUGUAUAGCUGCGUUAUAAAUGUAUUGAAAUUUUUGCUCGGCUUAUGGUUGAGGCAUUUGGAUCAUAAACAACAUAACCUGUGUGGGUAG